CAUCAAUGAGUGACGACUGGAGAAUCGGAGACGCUGCAUGCUUCCGCUUGAUGUCAUUGCUUUUUACACUUGAUAAAAAUACUCAGGUCCUUCAUCUUCACCAACUCGUGUCUUCAUUCUGCUUCCAAUUCGCCAGCAGUAACUGUCCUCACAUCGUGCCACAGCGUCCACAUCAGUGACAUCACCACCAUCAAGAUGGCACCCACCAGCAUCACGAGCACCCUGAACAUGGGCAACUCGGUCAAGAUCCCCCAGAUCGGGUUUGGAGUCUACCAAUCGCUAAAUGAUACUUGCGUGAAAUCCUGCCUCACUGCGCUCGAGCUGGGCUACCGCCACAUCGACACGGCGCAGUACUAUGAGAACGAGGAGGAGGUGGGCCAGGCCGUCCAGAAAUCAGGCCUUCCCCGCAAGGACGUCUUCCUGACGACCAAGAUCCUCACGGCGGGUGGAUCCGUCGACAAGAGCUACGAGAGCUGCGUGAAGAGCGUGAAGAAGCUCGACCCAUCGCCAGGUGAGACUGGGUACGCCGACUUGUUCCUCAUCCACAAUGCGGCCUUUGGCGCGGCCAAGAGGAAGGAGGUCUGGCUCGCGCUCGAGAAGCUCUACAGCGAAGGAAAGGCAAAGAGCAUCGGCGUGAGCAACUACGGCAUCCAGCACAUUGAGGAGAUGAAGCAGUUUGCGCAGGUCUGGCCGCCACACGUCAACCAGAUUGAGCUCCAUCCAUGGGCGCAGCAACGCGAAAUUGUUGACUACUGCCAGAGGAACGGCAUCGUGAUUGAGGCGUACUGCCCCAUCGUGCGCAACACCAAAGCCGAGGAUCCUACACUGGUCAAGAUCUCGGAGAAGCACAACGUGUCUCCGAACCAGGUCUUGAUUCGAUGGUCUUUGCAAAAGGGGUUCGUGCCGUUGCCCAAGAGCGACAAUGCUGGUCGCAUUAAGCAAAAUGCCGAUGUCUUCGGCUUCGCUCUGGAUCAGGACGACAUGAGCGCUCUGGACAGCCUCGAUCAGGGGCGCAAGGGAGCUGUCGUCAUGACGGUGGACAACUAAGCACGCUCGCAAAAUUUUUUAGAACAAAAAUGCUUAGUGCACUGAAGCUGUAAUAAAGGCUGCUACUCUUUUCAAGCAGCUGAUCCCCUCGUGUCAUCUUGGGAACCAGCUUCAACAUGCUCGGAAGAAAUUGACUCGGACCGAAAGAGGGCGAACACUAGGGGUCUCGGCUAGGUUGAUUAAUACACUUUAAGCUACGAAAGUCUGCCCUGUUUCUCGUAGUAUCAAAGUCAAAAUAAGAUUUCAG